AUGGGCCCCUUGGCAAAGGAGUUGGGUCUUUCAGCAGCCCAGCGGAAGUUUGCUCAUUCACUCCGAGACUUUAAAUUUGAGUUUAUCGGUGACGCAGAGACGGAUGAUGAACGCUGCAUAGAUGCUUCCUUACGCGAAUUUUCUAAUUUUUUGAAGAAUCUGGAAGAACAGAGAGAAAUUAUGGCAUUAAGUGUAACCGAAACCCUGAUUAAACCUUUGGAAAAAUUCAGAAAAGAGCAACUCGGAGCCGUAAAGGAAGAAAAAAAGAAGUUUGACAAAGAAACAGAAAAAAACUAUAGUCUAAUUGAUAAGCAUUUGAAUUUAUCAGCCAAAAAGAAAGACUCACAUUUACAAGAGGCAGAUAUGCAAGUGGAGCAAAACCGGCAGCACUUCUAUGAACUGUCUCUUGAGUAUGUAUGUAAGCUUCAGGAGAUCCAAGAAAGAAAGAAGUUCGAGUUUGUGGAACCUAUGCUGUCAUUUUUUCAGGGAAUGUUUACUUUCUAUCAUCAGGGCCAUGAACUUGCCAAAGACUUCAAUCACUACAAAAUGGAACUACAGAUCAACAUUCAGAAUACGCGGAAUCGUUUUGAAGGAACGAGGUCAGAAGUGGAAGAGCUUAUGAACAAAAUCAGACAGAAUCCCAAGGACCACAAACGAGCAAGUCAGUUCACGGCAGAAGGCUACCUGUAUGUACAGGAAAAAAGGCCUGCUCCAUUCGGUUCCAGUUGGGUCAAACACUACUGCAUGUAUCGGAAAGCAGCCAAGAAGUUCAACAUAAUCCCAUUUGAGCACAGAUCUGGGGGGAAGCUUGGGGAUGGAGAAGUGUUCUUUUUGAAAGAAUGUACCAAGAGGCAUACUGACUCCAUUGACAGAAGGUUUUGUUUUGAUGUAGAAGCUGCUGACCGGCCUGGCGUUUCCUUGACCAUGCAGGCAUUUUCCGAAGAGGAAAGGAGGCAGUGGUUGGAAGCUCUGGGUGGAAAAGAAGCUCUGUUACAUAGUUUUAAUAGAGCCAUCAUCCCAAGACCAGAAGGAAGUGCACAGUUGGAUAAGAUGGGAUUCACAAUUCUCAGAAAAUGCAUCAGUGCAGUUGAAACACGAGGUAUAAAUGACCAAGGACUGUACAGAGUUGUGGGGGUGAGUUCAAAGGUCCAGAGACUUCUGAGUAUGUUGAUGGAUGUAAAAACAUGCAAUGAGGUGGACUUGGAGAAUUCUGUAGAUUGGGAAGUGAAGACGAUAACAAGUGCCCUGAAACAGUAUUUGAGGAGCCUUCCAGAGCCUCUGAUGACCUAUGAGUUACAUGGAGAUUUCAUUGUUCCAGCCAAAAGUGGAAGCCCAGAAUCUCGCGUCAAUGCUAUCCAUUUCUUGGUUCACAAACUGCCAGAGAAAAAUAAAGAAAUGUUGGAUAUUUUGGUGAAACAUUUAACAAAUGUUUCACAUCACUCCAAGCAGAACUUAAUGACCGUGGCAAAUUUGGGAGUGGUGUUUGGACCAACUUUGAUGAGGCCCCAGGAAGAAACUGUUGCAGCCAUCAUGGAUUUGAAAUUUCAGAACAUCGUUGUGGAAAUCUUAAUUGAAAACCAUGAAAAGAUUUUUAGGACUCUGCCUGAUGCCACAUUCCUGGAGCCAGCCUCCCUGUCGACAUCACCCCCAAAUGCUCCACCAAGGCAAUCGAAGAGACAAGGCCAGAGGACUAAGAGACCGGUGGCUGUGUAUAAUCUUUGUCUGGAGCUGGAAGAUGGUGACAGUCCUAAUCUUCCUAAGGAGGAUACCCCUACCAGUAAUCUAGAUUCACUUUCCUCCCCAUCUCCCACGACUGCGCCUGUCCACGGGCCUCCUGGACCAGACAAAAACCACCUUCUCGCAGAUGGGGGCAGCUUUGGGGACUGGGCAUCUCCUGGCUUCUGCCAGAUGCGAUCACCCAUGGUCCAGUGGCUUAACACGCAGUCUCCGACCACCCCAAGCUGCAGCCCAGCAAUUACACCGCCUUCCCCCAAGCCACCGCCUUCCCCCAUCUCUCUUCCCACUACCAUAGUGGACAAGCCGCCUGAAAGCGUUGUCAACCGGAAGGCUCGAGCAGUGUACCCGUGCGAAGCAGAACACAGCUCAGAAUUAUCUUUUGAAAUAGGAGCGAUUUUUGAGGAUGUGCAAACCUCGAGGGAACCUGGCUGGCUAGAAGGGACUCUGAAUGGCAAGAGGGGGCUGAUUCCACAGAAUUAUGUCAAGCUGCUGUAGUGCCUGGCCUGCGAGGACCCCGUGGACCUUUGGCUCCUGGGGACCUGCCUUCUUCCUCCAGGGCGGGACCCACAGCCACCUGGACGCAGGAACUGCAGACCACGGAAGGGCAGUCGAGGGGCGGGGAGAGAGACAGAGCCGGGUGGCUCGGUGGAGCGGGAGAAGAGUCGCGGGACUCACAGAGCGGACUUUCCGUUUGUCGAGCCUGGGGCUGUGGACUGUGAGUUCUAACUGCCCAGUCUUCUGCCUGCCCCGCUGACAGUCACCCCACCAGGCGCCUCUGCCUACCUGCUGCUGCGAUGUUAAAGGAAACUGCGCUUACUCUGGUGUUUGCAGGCCUGCGUGCUUGGCUUUGGUUGAUGUGGUGUGGAGGGGGCUGCCGCUGGCAGGCGGGGCAUUGGUCCAAACCCAGAGAGCAACAGACAGAUGCUCCUUCCUAGAUGGCCACCGCUGGGAGCCGCAUUCACUCUACUCAGAGCACAGAGCACACUGGCGUAUUUAUAACGGGCUUCUCCUUGGUGCUUCUCACCUGUGUGCUGUUUCCCAAACACCACCUUUUUGCCCCAAGGUCUCUGUAAAUGAAAUAAAAUGUAAUUUACUAUUU